GAACGCCGGGAGCAACCCCCGAGUUGCAGCCGGGUCGCUUCCGCCAGGCAGCCCUCUUUACUUCAGUUGGGAAAUUCCGGUGCUUGAGCGGCCAGCGAGGGGGGUGGACAAUCUGGUACGGCCCCAGGCACCCCCUCAGCGGAAAUGCCGGAGCCCUCGUUCGGGAGGGGAAAGCGCAAGGUUUCCGGGAAGGGAGCACCGCCCCUCAGCCCCCCGUGGCGGGCCACUAUAAAAGGACCCUCGGCGCCACAGUGCGCGCCACACGCCUCUGAGACACUUAGUCCGCCCCGCCGCCUCCGCGAUGGCUCCUGGCGCCACCCAUCCUGGCCAGCUUGCGCUCCUGGCCCUGCUCCUGCCCCUGCUUGGGGCUCUGCUCCCAGGGCUUGGAGGUGCUGAAAUCUCAAUGUGGCCCCUAAACACCAUCAUACCCAAAGGAGGCUCCAUGAAGGUGAACUGCAGUGUUGCCUGUGAUGGAAACAUCACCAACUUUGGCCUAGAGACUCAGUGGCACAAGACUGAAGUGGACCACAGAGACAAGUGGAAGAUUUUUGAACUGAGUAAUGUGGAAAACGAUGGCACUCUACUCUGCCACGCAUCAUGUCAGGAAAACCAGACAAAAGUUCAAGGGAAGCUCACCGUAUACUGGUUCCCGGAGUAUGUGAAACUGGCUAACUUGUCCUGGCAGCGCGAGGGCCAGCACUUCAACCUGAGCUGCCAAGUGUCAGGCGGCGCACCCCGGACCAACCUCUCUGCGGUGCUGUUCCGGGGGGAGGAGGAGCUGUUCAGGAAGUCAGUGGGGAUGGAGGAGCCUGCCAGUGUCACGUUCCAGAUGCUGGCCAGCAGAAAGGACCACGGUGCCAAUUUCUCUUGUCGUACUGAGCUGAAUCUACAGCCCCAGGGGCUGGAACUGUUCUGGAACAGCUCGGCCCCCUUGAAGCUCCAAACCUAUGUCCUGCCAGCCACCCACCCACACCUUGCUACCCCUGAGCUUGUGGAAGUGGGCACACCCGUUUCUGUGAACUGUUCCUUGGAUGGACUGUUCCCAGCCUCAGAGGCUAUGGUCCACCUGGCGAGGGGGGACCACAGGCCGCCACUAACAAUCACACAUAAUGGCGACUCCCUCCUGGCCAAGACCUGGAUCAAUGGAACCGAGAAGGAGCAGGGCACCCAGUACCUGGUAUGUGAGAUAAUGUUGGCAGACAAGAAGGUGGUGACAAAGAAGAAUGUGACCUUCUACAGCUUCCCACCUCCCAACCUGACCCUGAGCGAGCCUGAGGUCUCAGAAGGGACUACAGUGAGCAUAGAGUGCCAGGCCCAUGGUGAAGCUGUGGUGACACUGAACGAGGUAGCAGCAGAGCCCCCCAGCCAGAGGGCCCAAUUGAAGCUGAAUGUCAGCGCUGAGGACCAUGGGCGAAGCUUCUCCUGCUCUGCUGCCCUGACGGUGGCUGGGCAUGUGCUAUACAAGAACCAGACCCAGGUGCUCAGUGUCCUGUAUGGACCCCGGCUAGACGAGAGGGAUUGCCCAGGAAACUGGACGUGGCCAGAAGGCUCCCACCAGACCCUGACGUGCCAGGCCAGGGGGAACCCAACCCCCAAGCUGAUCUGUCGCCGGGAAGGGGACGGGGCUUUGCUGCCCACCGGGGACCUGGGGCCUGUCAAGCGGGAGAUUACAGGCACCUACCAGUGUCAGGCCACCAGCUCUCGUGGUAUGGCCACCCGAGUCGUGGUCGUGAACGUGAUCCACAACCAGAAUAACAUGGCCAUCAUCAUUCCGGUGGCAGCCGUGGCUAUCUUGGGCAGUGUUGGUGUCGCCGCUUACAUCUAUAACUACCAGCGGAAGAUCCAGAAGUAUGAGCUACAGAAGGCCCAGGAAAAUGCAGUCAUGAAACUUAGCACACCAGCCUCGCCGCCUUGAACCUGUUCCAGGGCAGGACCUCCUCAGCACCCCCUCCCACACUGGGGCAAGCGGGACUGCAUUAAACAAUGGUGGUCAUACACCAUGGAAGCUGUACCCACCUUCCCAGGAUGCCAGAGGACAGGAUAGAGGCCUCAGUCAGGAUACAGACAGCAUCUGGUGUCAUGACACCUGCGUACUUAUGACCCCGCCCCCAGGCCUCACACCUGACCUGUAGCCUCAGCACUGAGCCAGGAGGAGGGGGUGAGAUUCAACAUGAUUGUGAGGGGUGUCGAAGUCUGACCUGACCAGAAGGUGUGUGAUGGAAUCCUUGACCUCCAACAUGGAAACACACAACUGGGAAACAUUGAAACUCACCCACCGCUGCAUGUGCUGAGGUCCUGCAGUCCUAAGAGACAAGUGGCCCUGCACAGACACGUGCAGUAUUGAAACACAAGUCUCAACACUUUCUCCGACAGAUGCCCGGUUCCGGCACUGCUGUCUACUGACUAUCCCCAGCUCCUGAUGAUGACAUAUUUAUUCAUUUGUUCUUCUACCAGCUAUUUAUUGAGUUCCUUUUACGUGGGCUGGAGUGGUAAACAAGGAUUUGCUUCUCAGUCUAAUCUCAUUCAGGGUUGCCAGGUACAGUUGUAGUGGCUGUGCACUGCACAAGAGUGCCUGAAGGAAGUUCUUGUGUGGUGCAGUGGGUGAAGGAUCUGGCAUUGCCACAGUUGUGUCACAGAUUGCAGCUGUGGCUCAGGUUCGAUCCCUGGCCUAGGAAUUUCCAUAUGCUGUGAGUAUGGCAAAAAAAAAAAAAAAAAAAAAAAGAGUGCCUGGCAAAAAGAUCAAGUAGUGCUAGAAUUUCCUACCCUAUUGGCCAAGCUGCUUUCUCCCAGAAAGGGGCUAGCAAUGGUGACAUGAUUUAGCUGGUGCCAUGCCCGGAGAUGAUCCACUGAGCCCUUAUGCCCCAGCACUGGCACUGACCUCUGUUAGCCACCUCUCCAUCCAUAUCCAUCUCUGCCAGUGCUCACAAUAACACCUGGUGUCAUGCCUAAAUAUGGGUGCUCACUCCUUGAUAGCUAAACCAUGGAGUCCCAGUAAACUAUGCCCAACCCCCGCGUGCCCCUUUCUUGUCCUACUUGUUUCUGUCUCAGUAGGACAUUGCAAAAACAGAACACUCUAAGGCUCCAGAUUCCUGCGUGGAUGAGGGUCCUGCAAGCAGUGGGGAGGAGAGACCUAGGAGAACCCCACUGGGCUCUGGAAUCCUCUCCCUUGUACUAAUAAAGCUAUUUCAUCCUCCCA